CGAGUACAAUUUGCGAUGUGUGAUAAUACUAACACGACGACGCAGAGUAUAGCGGACUACCUGUCACAGUUGCUGAAGGACCGGAAGCAGCUAGCUGCCUUCCCAAAUGUCUUCAUUCACGUGGAGCGUCUGCUGGAUGAAGAAAUCGCGAAGGUGCGGGCGAGUCUUUUUCAAAUCAGCGGAGUGAAGAAGGAGCCGCUCAUCUUGCCGGAACCUGAGGGUGACAUCACGACGCUCACGGAGAAGGUCUAUGUGCCCGUUAAGGAACAUCCAGACUUCAACUUUGUCGGGAGGAUUCUGGGGCCGCGGGGAAUGACCGCGAAACAACUGGAGCAAGAGACAGGAUGCAAAAUCAUGGUGCGCGGGAAAGGAUCGAUGAGGGACAAGAAAAAGGAGGAGCAGAAUCGGGGCAAGCCGAAUUGGGAGCACCUGACGGACGAGCUGCACGUGCUGCUCACUGUCGAGGACACCGAGAAUCGUGCCACGUUGAAGCUCGCCCGUGCCGUCGAGGAAGUCAAGAAGCUGCUCGUGCCCGUGCAGGCUGACGGCGAGGAUGAGCUAAAGAAGAGGCAGCUAAUGGAACUCGCCAUUAUCAAUGGGACUUACCGGGAUUCGAACACAAAGGUUGCCGCCGCGGCAGCCUGCGACGAGGAGUGGCGGCGGGUGGCCGCCGCCGCGGCAGAGACGCAGCGUCUGCUGCCGGGUCUGGCGACGCCGAUGCGGACUCCGAGCGCGCCCUUGGGCGCGCCCCUGAUCCUGUCGCCGCGGAUAUCGGUGCCGACGACCGCCGCGUCCCUGCUGAACGGCUCCGGACCGCCCGGCUCGCUUCUGUCAGCCGGCGAUCCCCACGGACUCAUCUACACGCCGUACGCGGACUACGCCAACUACGCCGCCCUGGCCGCCUCGCCGUUGCUCACCGAGUACGCCACUGCUGAUCAUUCUGGUGGGUUGUUUGCUCGUUGAUCGCCUCCCGUUGCCGUGUCCCCCCGACCCCUUCACCACCCGCGGCACGAGAGAAACGGAGGACGACCGAACGUCUCUCCUUUUUAUAUUAUGACACGAAAAACGGGGCUUUUUAUACGCGGAAAUGUUUUUUUUUUUUAAUUUUUCAACAGAGAGAUGCGCGCGCGACGGAGGGGACGAAGCCGUGCGUUUUUAUUAUUUUUGGUUAAUAUUAUUAUUAUUAUUAUUAUAUCGCAUGCGGCAUGUGUCUCUGACGAUUGGUGACUCUCUCUGUCUUUUCGUUGACAAUAGUAUUUCUUUUCCCUGUGCUGUGAAUCUCUUAAGGAUUAGACGAGCAGCGAACAAUUAGCAGGAAGAAAUCCUUUUGGAAAGUUGAUUAUACCGUACAUAAAAAUAUUUUGUUGAAGCAAGUUGCUAUAAAAGGUUGCCCGUCUAAUCCCAGUAUCGGUGCAAAUUUUUAUACGUUACAUGACAUUCGGAAAUUGUCACAGGAGAAUGAAACGAAGUUGAAAACAACGUUAAAGCGUUGAAUUACGCGAAACGCGAAGGACACGGACACAGCAGGGAGCGUCACCAGUCGACACGUAGUACGUGUUCCAUCACGUAAAUUUGUAAGACGAUAAUUGUUAAUUACGAGCCUAAUCGCUCCUGAUAGCCGUUAAUUAUUAUUAUCCACGUCGCAUCGUCAUAGUUAUCGCCUUUUACCGUCGCGUCAUUAUCUCCGUUAUCAUCGUCGGUCGUCGUCCUCGUCGUCCCGAUCGUCAUCACCGUCAUUAUCAUCAUCAUCAUCAUCAUCAUCAUCGCCAUCAUCGCCGUUUAGCGGUUAGCGUACUUUCUGCGAGGAUAGAUUAGGGUUAUAGAAACACAACCGAAAUCAGUCAUUUACUAGUCGCGUUUUCAGUUCAGAUUAUUUUAUAAUUACGUGAAAGCCUUAGCGUGUAAUGUAUAUGCACCGCCUUCGAAAUAAUUGUGUCACGAAGAUUCAGGGUUAUCAAUAGCGAUAGAGAAGAAGAAGUGGCAGGAACUCGGGCAGAAAUCGCGGCUUUAGGCCGUGUGCUUCGGCGGGAUUCUAUCAGGAAACGGUAUUAGGUGUUAGGUAUAUAGGAGGAAACGGGGCAGAGACGCGUACUCGUAUAUACGUACUCGUCAUGUGUGCUGUAUCGCGUGUGGAUGUAGCUAUACUAGUCCGAAAGCUUUUCUUUCUUUCUUUCUUUUUUUUUUACCGAUAUCGCGCCGUUCACCAGCAGCCACGUGUUUCGCCGUCUGGAAUGCAUCUUUCUCCUCGAGCCGCCUUUAGGGUAACUGCACGGUGCAAUUUUUGCUCGAUAAAGCGGGAUAAAAAUAUUCUACUCGGUCGAAUUGAGAUUUCCCAUGUUUCCUUCUCUCUUGAGGUUCUUUUUACGUAUUAUUCUUGAAGUAGAUUAAUCUAAAAGAGUUUUUUAAACUCACAUGUACAGAAAAAAGAAAACAAAAAUACAUCUCUUGCCACGUGCGAGAAAUAUACUUUCGAAACUAAUAAUAUGUGAAAUUUAACAGAAAACUAAAUUAUUUUUGUUGGAUUUUACAUUGAUUUUUUUAGUGGUAUAUUAUACAUUGCUUGAAAUUAUACAAUUUGAAUUUGAGACCGAUACUUCCAUCUUUCGAAGGACCUUCGUUUUCUGACAGAUCGGGCAAAUCUCGCACCGUGCGACGUAGACGUGCGGUCGCCAAGGAGAUCGUGGAAGUUCAUCGCGGGGAGACUCGCGUCGAAUUACGGCGAAUCUGCAGCCAGUUAGGUUAUAUAUUAGCCAGAGACAAACCCCCGCAGAGUCUCGUCUUCGAGAAAA